GUUUCGUCAAAUCCAAAAACGUAAACAAAGAGGAGCACUCUGCUCCAAUUCCCUCCAUUAUCGUCUCCUCAAUUCCCUCUCUUUUUCGUUCAUUUUGCUUGAAUCAAUGCGUUUUCUCUGAGCCGGAUGUUCUUGUUCGAAGCUCUGAAAUCGGCUGCAGAGUUUCGCCAGUUUAUGCGGUUGAUUUCCGGUUCCUGUGCUUCUUUYAGCAGAUUUUGCUCGAAGCAUCAAAUGCGUGUUCACCAAAAUCAUCCUCGAGCUGUCAAUUAAAGCGAACUUGAAAAGCAGGAUUUCGAAUAGUUAUGGCGCCUAAAGUGAUCGUUGAAUCAGGCUCGUCGAUAGUGGAUUUUGGGAUGGAGUUGGUAGCGGAUCAUUCUUCGGUGGUUUCUUUAAACUUAUUCGUAGCUCUUCUUUGCGGUUGUAUUGUUGUCGGUCACUUAUUGGAGGAGAAUCGAUGGAUCAACGAGUCCAUUACAGCCCUUGUUAUUGGAUUGUGUACCGGCAUCAUAAUAUUGCUAACAACCAGAGGGAAAAGCUCCCAUUUAUUUAUGUUCAAUGGAGAGCUUUUCUUUAUUUAUCUCCUUCCGCCCAUCAUUUUCAAUGCCGGGUUCCAGGUGAAGAAGAAGCAAUUUUUCCGCAACAUCAUGACAAUCGUGCUUUUUGGUGCUUUUGGCACUCUCAUAUCCUUCUGUAUUAUAUCAUURGGUGCUUUGCACUUCUUCCAGAAAAUGAAUAUCGGUUCCCUUGAUCUUGGAGAUUAUCUAGCUAUUGGAGCAAUAUUUUCUGCAACAGACUCUGUUUGCACUUUACAGGUUCUUAAUCAGGAUGAGACCCCUCUUUUGUAUAGCCUGGUUUUUGGGGAGGGAGUAGUUAAUGAUGCCACAUCGGUGGUGCUAUUCAAUGCAAUCCAGAACUUUGAUCUUUCUCACAUGAAUUCAAGCAUUGUGCUGCAAUUCAUUGGAAAUUUUUUGUAUCUGUUUAUUGCAAGUACUGUGCUGGGAAUUUUAGUCGGCCUGCUUAGCGCAUAUAUAAUUAAGAAGCUCUACUUUGGCAGGCAUUCUACUGAUCGUGAGGUUGCUCUUAUGAUACUCAUGGCGUACUUCUCUUAUAUGUUAGCUGAACUCUUCUAUUUAAGUGCAAUUCUCACUGUAUUCUUUUGCGGUAUUGUUAUGUCUCAUUAUACAUGGCAUAACGUGACUGAAAGUUCAAGAGUGACAACAAAGCAUGCUUUUGCCACCCUUUCUUUCGUUGCCGAGAUCUUCAUCUUUCUCUACGUUGGCAUGGAUACUCUUGAUAUCGAGAAGUGGAGAUUUGUUAGCCAUAGUCCUGGGAAAUCAAUUGGGGUGAGCUCUAUACUGUUGGGAUUGGUUGUCGUUGGAAGAGCAGCCUUCGUUUUUCCUUUAUCAUUCUUGUCCAAUCUGACCAAGAAAUCUUCGCACGAGAAACUAAACUUGGAACAACAAGUCACUAUUUGGUGGGCUGGUCUCAUGCGUGGUGCUGUAUCAAUGGCGCUUGCAUAUAAUCAGUUUACCAGGUCAGGCCACACCCAUUUACCAGGCAAUGCAAUCAUGAUCACCAGUACCAUCACAGUUGUUCUUUCCAGCACCGUGGUUUUCGGAAUGAUGACGAAACCGUUGAUUGGGGUUUUGCUUCCCCAACCGAAAUAUUCGAUGAGCAUGCUCUCUUCCGAACCAUCAUCCCCCAAAUCCUUCACUGUCCCACUCCUCUCCGAUGACCGAAACGGCGCCGUCGCGUCUCCUCUGCGGCUGCUCCUCAGAAUCCCCACCCAUUCCGUACACCAUUAUUGGCGAAGAUUCGACGACGCCUUCAUGCGGCCGGUUUUUGGAGGGCGUGGGUUCGUCCCCUUCGUCCCUGGCUCGCCCACUGAAGAUCAGGCCGCCGCUCAACAAUGUUAUAUAAUUUAG